UCCUAGCUGGGUGGGAGCUGCCAUUGAACCGGCGUCACUGCAGCUCCAAGGUCGCUCAGUGAUGAUGUGAGGGCGCCUGCCAGUUCCUGCCACGCCCGGGGGGGUUAGCUGCGGCGGCGGCGGCAGCUUCAGCUGCUGCUCUCAGGCUGCCGCGCGUUAGGGGCUUCUUCCUGAACGAGUGCGGGCGGAGGAGCGAGGACCCGGGCCAUUCUUGCCAUGACUGUCCAGGCUUGGUAACCACAGGACAGCACUUACAGCUGCAGAUGUCACCUGACUCAUCGCAGAAAACCUGUCCUAAAGAACAUAUCCAUAUGACCACGUCCAUUUCUUUCCUAAAUGGCUUAAUGGAUUUCCUUUACUCCGAUUCAUACAAAAGCUGCCCCUUUCAACCAAAGCAGGAAAGGAUUCUGCAUGAGUCAAUCCCAGAAUGCCAUUUUCAAAUCACGAACAGGUGAAGAAAACCUCAUGAGUUGCAAUCAUAGAGACUCGGAGAGCAUCACUGAUGUCUGCUCCAAUGAGGAUCUCCCUGAAGUUGAGCUGGUGAACUUGCUAGAAGAACAACUGCCACAGUAUAAGCUAAGAGUAGAUUCCCUCUUUCUCUACGAAAACCAAGACUGGGCACAGUCUUCACACCAGCGACAGGAUGCGUCCGAGACCCUCUCUCCAGUCCUCGCCGAAGAGACGUUCCGCUACAUGAUUCUAGGCACAGACAGAGUGGAGCAGAUGACCAAAACCUACAAUGACAUUGACAUGGUCACGCAUCUCCUGGCAGAGAGGGACCGAGAUCUAGAGCUAGCUGCUCGAAUUGGGCAAGCUCUUUUAAAGCGAAACCAUGUCUUAUCUGAGCAGAAUGAAGCUCUGGAGGAGCAACUGGGACAAGCCUUUGAUCAAGUUAAUCAGCUGCAGCACGAGCUCUCCAAGAAGGACGAGCUGCUCCGAAUCGUCUCCAUCGCCUCCGAGGAGAGCGAAACCGACUCCAGCUGCUCCACGCCCCUUCGCUUCAACGAGUCCUUCAGCUUGUCCCAGGGGCUGCUGCAGCUGGACAUGCUGCACGAGAAGCUCAGGGAACUGGAAGAAGAGAACAUGGCCCUGCGGUCCAAGGCUUGUCACAUCAAGACAGAAACAUUUACCUAUGAAGAGAAGGAACAACAGCUCGUCAAUGACUGUGUUAAAGAACUUCGUGAGACCAAUGCACAGAUGUCCAGGAUGACCGAAGAGCUGUCGGGAAAGAGUGACGAGCUACUUCGAUACCAAGAAGAGAUCUCCUCCCUGCUGUCUCAGAUUGUCGACCUUCAGCACAAACUGAAAGAACAUGUGAUCGAGAAGGAAGAACUAAGACUUCACCUGCAGGCUUCCAAAGAUGCCCAGCGGCAGCUGACGAUGGAGCUUCAUGAGUUACAGGACAGAAACAUGGAGUGCCUGGGAAUGUUACAUGAGUCCCAAGAAGAAAUAAAAGAGCUUCGUAGCAAAUCCGGCCCCUCGGCUCAUCUCUGCUUCUCCCAGUCUUACGGAGUUUUUACAGGGGAAUCGUUGGCAGCUGAGAUCGAGGGGACCAUGCGUAAAAAGCUGAGUUUGGAUGGGGAAUCUGUGUUUAAACAAAAGGCCCAGCAGAAACGGGUGUUUGAUACUGUCAAGGUUGCCAAUGACACUCGGGGCCGCUCUGUCACAUUCCCAGUCCUGCUACCCAUCCCAGGCUCUAACCGUUCAAGUGUCAUCAUGACAGCGAAGCCUUUUGAGUCUGGUGUCCCGAUAGCAGAGGACAAAACACCCCUGAGCCAAGGGGGCAGCACGGAUGUUGCAGGAAACUCUCAGCCCACGAACCCCCCAGAAUCCCCUGAAGAUAGUGAUCUGGCUACAGCAUUGCAUCGCCUUAGCCUGAGAAGACAGAACUACCUAAGUGAGAAGCAGUUCUUUGCUGAAGAAUGGGAACGGAAGAUCCAGACUCUGGCCGAGCAGGAGGAAGAAGUUAGUAGCUGUGAUGCCCCCACAGAGAACGUCGCCUCAGUCUGCAGUGACCACUCGGAGAUCACGGACCUUGGCAGUGCCGGCUGCCUGCGAGGCUUCAUGCCAGAGAAGUUACAGAUUGUCAAGCCCCUGGAAGGGUCACAGACUCUGCAUCACUGGCAGCAGCUCGCCCAGCCAAACCUGGGAAGCAUUCUUGAUCCACGGCCAGGCGUCAUUACUAAAGGCUUCACACAGAUGCCCAGGGAGCUCGUCUAUCACAUCUCGGACUUGGAGGAGGAUGAAGAAGAGGGAAUCACUUUUCAGGUUCAGCAGCCUCUUCCACUGGAGCAGACACCUGCACAGCCCACGCCAGUCACAGGGAUCUUCCUGCCACCCAUGACCUCAGCGGGUGGGCCAGUCACAGUUGCAACUUCGAACCCUGGAAAGUGUCUCUCAUUCACGAACUCGACAUUCACCUUCACCACCUGCAGGAUCUUACACCCCUCUGACGUCACUCAGGUCACCCCUAGCUCCGGUUUCCCAUCCCUGUCCUGUGGAAGCAGUGCAGGCAGUUCAUGCCACACGGCUGGGAACUCUCCUGCCGCGUCCUACAGACUAAGUACUGGUGAAGCCAUCACAAACCGGCGGGACUCCACCAUAACGUUCAGCAGUACGAGAAGCUUAGCCAAACUCCUGCAGGAGCGAGGCAUCUCCGCCAAAGUGUACCACAGCCCGGCUCCAGAAAACCUCGUCCUGCAGUCUCGCCCCAAGGCCCUGGCCACCCCUUCCACACCACCAAAUUCCCCGUCGCAGUCACCAUGCUCCUCCCCCUUGCCCUUUGAACCCCGAGUCCAUGUGUCUGAGAAUUUCUUGGCUUCCCGACCAGCUGAAACAUUCCUGCAAGAAAUGUAUGGCUUGAGACCUUCAAGGGCCCCUCCUGAUGUUGGCCAGCUGAAGAUGAACUUGGUAGACAGGCUGAAGAGGCUGGGAAUAGCCAGGGUGGUCAAGACCCCUGAUGCCCAGGAGAACGGGAAAAGCCGAGAGGCCGAAAUGGGUCUUCAGAAGCCAGACUCUGCUGUUUAUUUAAAUUCAGGUGGCAGUUUACUGGGUGGACUGAGGAGGAACCAGAGUCUUCCAGUCAUGAUGGGUAGCUUUGGAGCCCCAGUUUGCACAACCUCACCCAAAAUGGGUGUCCUGAAGGAAGAUUGAGGCUCAACAUUAGCUAACCUCGUGUAUAAAUUAGCACAUGAAGGAUAGAGAUGCACUGAGAAUGGGAACAGCCUAACUUGAGAGAAAAGGAAUGUUGCAGAAGGACUGUGAAAGUGGAGAGGGCGUAGUGACAGGAUAGAGCGUUUGGAAGAUGGUCUUUGAAGAUGGAGUCAAGUAAAAGUGGGGACAAGUGACAGCAGUUUGGAGGCAAAUGGAAGAGCUAGUUUGCUCCUUCAGCUACGUUUCCUUGCCUUAGAAAUAAAAAGAGAAUAGAAAAAUAAACCAAAUUCUAUCGAAACGUGACAGUAAUGCUAAACUGAUAGCACCUUUGUCUCUAGAGAACACAAGCGCCUGCCUAGGAAGGAAACCUGAACAGCCAAGGCCAGGCUGUUGCGGGGAGGAGGCUGUUCCAGAGAGUUGCGCAUGCGCAGUUGUCUGUUACUGAGCCGGUGGGCGGUACCUUCCCUGCUGGUCCCUGGUCAAAUGCAUCCAUCCAAUGGUGCACUCUCAGCAUUAGCAAAAUAGGGAAUCUUGUCAUUUACAUCAAAAAUGGAGACUUUCUUAUUUGGGGACUUUGAGGCACUGACUUCAGUUUUUUAAGCUUGUAUUUUUGUACAACAACAAGAAAAAUUUAAAAAAUAAUGAGUGGGCUUGGAGGGAUUUAAUAGGAAAAUAAGAGUAAAUUGGAAUCAAAACCGUUUUUAGGCUAUUCCUUCUGGACAGUACGGUGGCUCGGGAACGCAAACAUAAUUGCAUAGUUCUCAGUUUUCCUUGGAGGCCAGAGGGUUUAAACCAGAAGUGCAAUCAGUCAGUAGGCAGUAGAUUAUGUUGUAUAUUUAUAUAUUUAAAUUUUUAAAGAAAAGUUAGUUGUAACUAACUUUUUCCAAAGUGUGCUAUGCAUAUUUUUAAUGAAAGAUGACAUGUAUUUGCACAAAAAUUCUCAGGCACAUUAAAUUAUAAACUGAGGUAAAACCCAGGUGCUUGCUUUGAAAGUGUGUUUUUGUUAGAUUUUGUUGUUUUCCUUGUGCACAUUAAAGCAUCUGCUUAUCUCGGUGUGUGCAGGAGUAGAGAACGUGUGGAGAGCCGACAUUCCUUUCCUCCAAUUUCGUUUUUAACACGCUGAAAAGCACGGGCCUCACGCUGGGUUGGAGCAGCGCUGUGCGCUGAGGGGGCAGGUGACAGUCUGCCUCUGUAGGUGACUGGCGUGGCUUCGUCUCCACAGGGCUGCUGGAGCGCACAGGAGAAGAGGACAGGAGCUGCUUGUUUUGUUUGCCAAGGAAGAAAGUCUUUUACUUGGUCUUCUUGGUGCUCAAUUUGCAAAUAGUUUGCUUGAGAGAAAUUCUUUUUAAUAUAACUUUUCUAAAUUUCUCAGAAACAGGGUGGAGAGAGGCUCUCCCUUCGCCCCACUUCUGCCCCCUUCCCUCAGCCUAGCUACCGUCAAGUUCAUCACACACACACACACACACACACACACACACAGUUUACAAAGCACUCCGGGUUAGCGAGUGACCCUGCCUGAAGCAGGCAUGAACGAUAAUGCUGGUUAGGUUUCCUAAAUAUUCCAAUUCACAUUUUAAAAACAGCAUUUGCAUUUCUAGGCUAUAAGUAGCUGGGAACCUCCCUUAAAGCUGUGCCUUGGUCCCUAAAGAAAGGGCUCCUCCUCCUCCUGCUGCCUCUGUGGACAGCUAUGGAGGGACAGCACGGAGCAGGAAGGUGGGGCGGAGGGGGCGUGGCAUGUUACCAACCAGGUCCACACAUCGUACAGAAACCACUGUCAUGAACCGGAUGUCGUGGAGUUCUGUGUUGACAAUAAUUCUGACCUUCUGUCAGUGCCUAAGGGACCACUGGAAGCAGAGUUAUGUCUUCGCAGCUAGAUGAACACAGCUGAUUAAAGAAAAACAGACUUAGGUUUUUGAAAAUUAAAUUGAUCUUGAUGUUCUGUCAGAACAAAUUGUACCUGUUGCAUGCUUAUCUCCAAAUGUGAAUCCUGUCUUAAAACUGGGUUUUGCUGAUUUUCAGUUUUCACCUAAAAUUAUUUUGGUACAGCCUGAGAAUCUGUUACAUGGGACGAUCUGCAAACUACAACAAGAACUGGAACCUUCCAGUGAGCUCUUCCUCCACAGGACUCCGCUCUUCACGUUUGGGUUUUUGUUUUUUGUUUUUUAUUUCAUUCAGAGUCAGCUGGUGUGUACUUUCAAUGCUUACCUGGGAAAACACAACUUUUCUCCUUUAGGAUUUUCUGUGGUGAUUUCUCAGGUACUUACAAGUAGCCUGUUACCUAUUCAGAGAGUCUCCUUGAGCUCAGAAUUAAAAUUGCCCUGAAUUUUUAAAGAUCCCAAAUCUUAUGUAAAUAGCCAUUGUUAAUUAAGAGGGUUUUGUUUUUUAGUCUUGUACUUGCCCCUGGUCUGACAUAAAUGAUCAAACUCUGUCAGGGAAGGAUGUUAGAGGAAGCUCACAAGAGCCUAGUAUCUGUUGAAGGCACAUUUUACGCAGUAUUCCAAAGCCCUAGUACAUAAUUAGUAAUGGGUGGUUCUCAUGCCAGCUUGACACCUGGAGCUAGGGCUGUCUGUCCUGGGGCCUUGUCUGCUGUCAGGUGUGUAGAGACCUGUGCUUGGCCACAGGCAUGCGCACUAGUCCACUGCCAAGUGUGGCCCCAGGCAUGGGAUCCUGGGGGCUCCAGGAAAAUACUAUUGUGUCAUAUCUGGAACAUGACUUUGUCAAAUAGCUCUUUAUGUACCUUCCUUUGCUUUAUCAAUUGUAAAUCAGAUAGUAAAUUGUAAAUCAGAUAAUAAACACGAGGCUUCUUAAAUUGUC